AUGAAUUAUAAGUUUGAGGAUUUUAACGAGCAAUACGCCCCAAAUGAAAAAAACGAGCAGCACAUUACAGAUGAAAACACUAAUAAAGUAGUUUCGGUUAAUAUUGCUGAGGAAUUAAUGAAUUUUGUAAAUUUAUGGAAUGAAGAUAGUAUCGAUGAUGCCCAUAAAUUGCUUGAAACGAUCGUUUUAAGUAUACAUGAUAAGAAUGCGUACUGUGAUCCUAUUAUUUGUUUUAAUAAUUUUAUGGAAAUAAUCGUUAGUAUGAUAUAUACAAAUUCUCACUAUAAAGAUUCUAUAAUUGCAUUGUAUUGCGUUCAAGGAUUGAUGAAAUAUGGAUUUGAAGAUGAAUUAUCCCUUUUAAUUAAUGAUGAUUUAAUUGAUAGAGUCUUUGAUAUACUAAAUCAAUGGAAUACUGAAGAGGUUGCUACAUGUAUUGAAAUGUUGAAUCUAAUAGUCAAUACGGAUCCUGAUUUUUCGAACGAAAUUGCAAAAAGAAUUUUAAUUCCAUUAUUUGAUAGAGCAUUUGGGUCAGAAAACCAAAUUCAGACUGUGUUCUCUCACUUUAUUUAUAUUAUAUGUCAGCAUAUUGAUGAUGAAACCACAAAAAAUCAGAUUUUAGAAUUACUAAUAUUAUUAUUGAAGCAAUCAAUCAAUAAAAUUGAUUCAUAUUCUCAAGAAGUCAUAUACUUUUCAAUUGGAUUGCUUGCAGACACGCCAAAUUCAUUUGAAAUCAUAGAGAAGCAUAAUUUCAACAAAGAUAUAUGGAAAUACAUAGACACUUCAAUUUCUUACCCAGAACGACUUUUUGAAGUACUCACACACUUAGUCAUCAAUGCCCCAAUUUUGUUUGAAUUAGUUACUGAAAUAACCUUGAAAAAUUUACGGAAGAAUAUUCCAGAGCUUCAAUGGGCAGUCUUAAAAUUCUUAGCCGCAGCAGUUUCUUCAUAUCCACAACAUCCAUUCUUUACAAAUUCUGAAUUUAUUCAGAUUUUUUUUACAAUUGCAAACGGUGAUGUUUUCUCACUCAGAAAAUUGGCCAACACUGUUAUAUGUAUGAUGAUGUUCUACUUUUCUCAAGAAUUUUUGGAUAUUUAUCUCAAUAAUGGAAUAAUCGAAGCUGAUAUAGGUUUCCUUGAUGAGAGUUUAAGUAACUCUCGAAUAAGUAAAAAUAUUUCAGCACUUUUAGCACUAUUGGAUAAAUAUCAGUCAAAUUCUCAAGUUAUUAUUGAACGCAUACUUCAGGUUGAUGGUUUGACUAUCUUCUUUGAUAUGCUUGAUUCUGUUAAUGAUGAUGAAUUAUAUCACUUGAUUCAGGUUGAAUUAUUGGAAAGAUAUUUCUCUAAUUAUUUGGAUGAAUAA